UUUAUGUGGGAUGUGCACCUCACAGUUCAAUCUGUAACGUGAAAUGAAUUGACGAUAGAUUUCUUGGACCGAAGGUACUUCUCUUUGCGUAAAUUGGCUCGGACGUGAUCGUCAAGACCUUUGUCCCAGACUUUCGUUGAUGGGAAGGCGGAAUAAUGAGUGUUUUGUUUAAGAAAGAUCCAAGUCGACGUUGUGUGAAUUGCCCACGUAAAACCACUCCUGGAACCUGACGACCACGCCCGACGCCAUGGGAAGCAGCUGUUCUUCCGGCCUGGACAAGGGGAGAACGUUCUCAGACCCGGGACAGUCAAAGGGUCCUCGGGGUCGGCAGAAACGCAUUCACAGCUUGACGUCAUCGAGUGACGUUAACUUGCACGUGGAAGAGUCCUCGAAAGCCGCCAACCAAUCAAAGCCAGUCAAAUCUGAAAAAGAGGCCAGUGCGAAUGCGGAAAGCAGACCUGCGAAGCAGUUUUCUUCUGAAACUAUUGAGAAUAAGUCGUUCAAAAUUCCAACCCCGGUUGGGUCUCAUCGAACAAGCCAGACAUCCAUCGGCCACAGAGGAAUCAGCCUUGACGAUUAUCCAAAGUCCGUGCAGCAUUUGUUGCUAGGCAACGUGAACGAGUUCAAGGAUGAGAGGCCCAGAGAGAUUCGUCUCUUCGUUGCAGCCUGUGAAUCAGACAGUUGUGUGGAGAGGCUCGCCAUUAUGCGUGACGUGUUCCAGCCUCUCUCGGAUAUGUGUUACAGUAAUGGCUUCAGUUUGGAAAUCCUUGAUCCUCACUGGACAGGUUCCAAUCAGUCAGCACCAAACCAGAGCUAUCUGACUCAACAACUACUGCGGGAAAGUGAGAAUGUACCAACUGUUAUGCUAGUUUUGCUAAAUGACAAGCUGGGCAGUUGUCUCCCCUGGAUAAUACCGGAUGAUGUUUUCACAGACACUUUGUCACUCAUUUCUGAUGAAACUGAAAAAAAGCUGCUUGAGUCAAGUUACCGUAGUGAUGACACUGUUCAACCUCUCACCUAUAACCUGACAGUGGUCAACUCAAAUGAAAGUAAGAAGGUUAAGAACGCACAGAAGAAAAUGGCUCAGAUCGAGGAGGUGUUGAGGAAAUACAUGAGCGAGGAACACAAGGAGAAAUACCUUAAGUCAGGUUUGGAAACAGAGAUAAAUCUUGGCCUUGUAUCGAAGAGAGUUCAGCCGGACAAUGUGUUUGUGGUGAUGCGGUCUUUCAAGGAUGUGUCGAGCGUGUCAGAGGUGCACAUGGACGUAGUGAACGGGGAGAGGGACCAGCACUCCCUGGAAACUAUACAACAUUUGAAGGAAAUUAUCAACAAUAAUGUGCCAAAUUCCAACAUUGUUAAGUUUGAGCUGCAGUGGACGCCGUAUGACUUUGACCCCGCGAAGGUUCAUGAGCAUGAUCAGUACAUAGAGAAUCUCCGUGAAACCAUUCAAAAGGAGCUGAGAAAAAAGUUGCAAAGCAUCAUGGACAACUACAGCCCGACCAUCUUACCAUUCAACAUUCCAGACAAGAUGUACCAAGAGGUGAAAGCCCACACAACGUUGUGCCACAACCUCCAGCACAUCUACACACCAACACUGCCAGUGCUGAGUCGCCUCUCUGCUUACCUCACCAACUCCGAUGAAACCCCGAUGGUGCUGGUGUGUGACACGGAGGUCGACACACAUGCCUUCACCUCCCACGUGGUGUCGCUGAUCACAGACAAGAACACUGCAACUGUGGUCCGCUUCCUCGGACUGACCCCGGAGAGCAAGAGCAUCGGAGCCAUGGUGGCGGGAAUGUGCAGGCAGAUCGGACACCUCUACAGUCAACCCGUCUCAUGUUUAGAUCUGCCUAAUUUCCAUGAGUUGAUGCAGCAUGCCAGCGAACAGCGCCCUCUCAUCAUAGUGCUAGGGGAGGUAACUGAGUCAGUGACUGACUGGGUGCCGGAACAGCUGCCUCCUCAUGUCAAGGCUGUGGUCUUGACCUCCAACCAUCAAGUGGUCCAGGAGAUGAAACGCCAGAUGCCAAGAGAUUGUUUUGUUCAAGUGCCAUCCUUGCCACCUGAAGCGUCUAGUGAGAUGGUGAAGAAAAUGACCAAGCUCUCCAGUAAUGAAGAUAGCACAAUUCCUUCUGUGAUACAUGACCAAUCUCAUAAAGCAGUUGCCUCCCUUGGGGUGCAGCUAUUCUGUGAUUUGUCAAGCCUUUCUGUGAUAUCCAGCGAUCAACCCACUGGCAAUGAGUUAUCGUUCAAUCAACUGUUUCUGAAACUGGAGAGCAUGUUCAGUCAUAUCAUCGUGUCAAAACUAGUCUGUUUUCUCUUACUGACACAGUCAGGAUUGUCAAGUUUUCAUAUCGCAGCUAUUUUGUCCCAAGAUGAAGAAAUAUUGAAAGCACUGAAGCUUACAGAUCCGACAAAAGUUUUCCACACAUUGUUUUUGAUAUGGUUAGAGGUGAAGACAUUACUGCAGCCAUUUUUACACAUUUUUACCUUCAACGGUGUUUUGCUUCAUGUUUUGUUUAGUACACCUUUACGUACAUUGCUCAUUCGAAGGUAUUUAGCAGACAAAGGUGGAAAAGACGUCCAUCAAAUUCUUUGUGCUUUCUGUGAAAAUGUCGUCUGUGAUAAUCAAGAGCAAGCUACAAAGCGUUUGUUCUUCUUGAAGAAUUUUGAAAUGUUGAAAUAUAUGGAAUACCCCUUCCAAUAUGCACAGUGCAGAAGGGAACACUUCAACAAUAAGUUUAUAUUCAAUAUGAACUGGCUUAGGACAAAGAUUGCAGCUACAAGCACGCUUUGUGUUUUGGGAGAUAUGGAUGAACAACAGAAGAUAAACCCAGAAGUCAAACUUCUCUACCAAGCCAUUGCAUUGUCCGCUGGGGCGCUAGAUAUCUGUCACUCUCAAAUCUCCAGUCAGUUCCUGUCUAGAUUAUCAGAAAUACUAGACCAUUCCCAGCACACAAACAUUGGGAAGCUGUUACAUGGUAUCCAGGCUGAGACAGAUGUUCGUCUGGAGGCCAUGUCUACAUGUCUGCGACAUCCCAACAGUCAGAUCCCGGCACCUUUUUCAGACGAUGAACUUUGUGGUUUGUAUUGGGUGCCGGGUCAUACUAAUUUUAUCAUAAGUCUGUCUUGUAACUCAGGCGAGAUAACCGUUUGGGAUAGAAAAACUCAUAAAUUUGUUCGCAAGUUAGUAGGAGUCCAUCGCCCCCAAGAUUUGAAAAUGGUUGAUUCAUUUCAAGCUGUGGUUCUGUGCAAUCGUGAACUGUUAAUAUAUGACCUUGAUCAAGGAUGUCUGGAAACAAAGUUUCGGGGAGUGCUGAACCUCAAGCAGCCAAUGUUUGGUGUUCGGAAUAAUGAAAGCGUGAUCACCUUGUCCAGAAACAGAAUGUACAUCAAUGUCCUUGACAUUGAGUCAGGCGACACUGUGGCGACAUUCAAAGCUGGUGAGGAUCGUUUUCUCAACAGCCUCCUUAUCAGUAAGAAUGGUAAGAUUCUUGUGUGUGGUGAUGAGACACAGAAACCGUCACCUCUGUUGGUGUGGGAGCUCCAGGAACGGCGUCUACUCCAUGACCUGCGGAUGGCCCAGCAUCAGUUCAUCACCAGCAUCAUGGACAUCACAGACGAUGGUCACUAUGUUGUCUGUGUGUGUGAGGAGUUGGAAUCAACUGCCCCGAACUUCCUGGUGGUGUAUGAUCUGGUCACUGGUCAAGUCUUCAAGAUCUGGAAAUGGGAACACAGCUGCACAUGUCUGGCCGUUGUCUCGGCAACCAAGUCAGUGGUCAGCAUGCUGGACACUGGGGAUGUAUUGGUGUGGGACCUGGAGUCAGGGAGCGUCAGGUUUCAAAUGAAGGGGGUGAAUGCAGUCUGUAACAACAUAAUCUUGGCGUCUCAGUGCCACAUGUGUGUCACGUGGUACAAAGGGGAGAGCAUCCUGCCUAAUGCCAGGACAAUCUGUGUAUGGGAUCUGGAGAAAGGUUGUAUGGAGGCUGUUGUCUGACACUAGUAUAUAAAACCAACGU